UCAGGCCUGUCGACGGCCAUUCUACCACAACUCCUGCCCCACGGCCUAACCACUCGGCCAGUCAGGGACCUGCUCACGCUCUAUCACCUGUUUUCGGCACAGAGGCCUGGGCCGAGUGUGUCUUUCGGUCUGUCAUACAAGACUUGGUCUGUCUCAUACACGGGGAGCUAAAGUGACCAUGCAUGGAUAUUAAACAGGGAUUACCAAGAAGGAUUCUGAGCAGGGAUACUGGACAUGGCUACUGAGCAAGGAAACUAAAUGAAGAUACUGAGAGCGGAUACUGCAUGAGGAUACUGAGACAGGAUACUGCACGGGGUACCUAGCAGGAACACUUAGCAGGGGUACUUGGAAGACAGUCAAGAGGGACUGCAGGAUGUGGUUCCGGGUGGACGCCUGCCUUCUCGGCAUUGUCGUCUGCGUUGUGGAUAUCCUGACAGAACGAGUCGCGUCAGUGAAACUUCCUCAACCGGAGAUCAUCUCCACAUCAGUUGUCUCCCCUAGUGAGAUCCUCGUCAGGUGGCACGACCCGGGACUGGGGGAGUUCCAGCAGCUCGACGGCCGCCAAUACAACAUCAAGUACCACAAACAUCAGCAUCGGGGUCACCGGCUCCAGGUCUCAGGGGUCAAGGACACGAGAGCGGUCAUUACAAGACUACAGUCAAAUACUACCUAUGUCUUCCGAGUAAAGACAGUUAAAGGUCAGGGGUCAAGUGCUUGGAGUGAUACCGCCGUAAACCGGACAUAUCCUCUUGACACAUUUGUUCAAGUCGAGGCGACGACGGUGACGUCAACCUCAAUAAUCGUGGCGUGGACGCUGCCGAGGAAACACGUCAACACGUCGCUGGACUACACCAUCUUCUGGUCAGAGGAACAGCAAGAGGCCAACACGGUCAAGGUCAGCGCCGAGUCAAGGUCACACUUGUUUGAUAACUUGAUACCAGGAAGAAGGUACAACUUCAGACUCGUAUCCAAGGCAAAUGGCGACAGCGUUGUCUCCACGGCAACCGUCUCCACAGCAACCUUCACUGACAGGCCAAGUAAACCGCCACGGAAUCUGAAGUUACAAGUUCAAGGACAAGGGGUUGUCCGCGUGUCUUGGAGCCCGCCCCCCGCCCGGAAGCGACAUGGGAUCAUCACGCAGUAUAAGAUCCAGUACAAGCGUCGGGGCAGUCGCCGCGGUGACGUCUGCACAGUGAUGACGUCACGAAAACCCCUGGAAUAUAUCCUUACAGAUUUAGAGGAGAGCGCCACCUACCGUGUCCGCGUGGCAGCGAGGACAGUGAAUGGCACCGGGCCAUACAGCAAGUGGGGAAGUGUGGACACAGAAGGGGGGCGUGUUGGGGGGGAAGACGUCGACACAGACGGCCGGCGCAGAGGAAACCGGAAGUCCAGGAAAGGUAAAAGAAAGGGUUCCAAAAACCGAGCUGACUCGGACACACCCAGCACCACGGCCAUGGUUUCCACGGAGUCCGUAUAUCCCGGUAUCCCUGACAACCUCCACGUAGUUGACGUCGCCAGCACCAGUGUCGGACUGAGGUGGACAGCCCCGGUUGUUCCUGAGUGCUGUCCCCUGGUUGCGUACAGGAUCCUGGUCCAGGACAUGACAGUAAACCAACUUGAGCGGGAUAUAGUCACCGGCACUAACACAGAGACUGUUAUCGAGCUUCUUGACCCUGGUACGCUGUAUGCCAUCAACAUAACCUCCUUCAACGUACGACGCUCCAGCGAACAGUCACCUAUGGUCUACGUCACCACGUCACCAGCAGUGUUCCCGGUGAUGCAGGUGUUCGGGGGGACGGUGCUGGUUGGGGGGAGGGCCAACUUGACCUGCAUUGUCCGGGGCGACCCGAUCCCCACCGUCAGCUGGUACCGCCAGGGAAUGAUGGCGCCAUUCUAUGAACAACGGUCCCUCAACAUGUUAGUCCACGCCCAGCACGACGUGAUGGUCAUCAAACAGAUACACCUUGCACAACGACGUAUUGAAAGUCACCUCAUCAUCGACGCUGUGCAACUCCAACACUCCGGCAACUACAUCUGCUCAGCUGAGAGCGACCCUGCCGUCAACGCGACUGUACAGCUUCACGUUCACGCGCUGCCGAGGUUCCUGGAGGUUGAGAGGAAGCACGCCGUGGUGAGCCAGGCUGCGGCCGUGUCAUGUGUUGUGUCCGGCGUUCCGCUGCCCCACGUGGUCUGGUCCAGGUUUGAGGAUGGACUUAUCUUCCACGACAAGGAGGCCGGAUCCAGAGUGUACGUAACGUCAUCAGUGGACGAAGAGACGCAUAUUGUGAACAAAACACUGCACUUCUCCGCUCUCAGACUGUCGGACGAGGGAAACUACACCUGUCAGGCAAAGCGGGGAGAGUACUCAACGUGGCGGGUAGUGCCUCUCACACUGGAGGUGCCACCGCCGCCCCCGGUGUCGAACAUUCAAGCUGUAGCUGUGUCGCCAUCAAAGAUCAGCAUCGUCUGGGAGGAUCCUAUUGAUUAUAAAUUCCCCAUAACAGCUUACAACAUCAUCUACCGGCCUGGGCGGUCACGUCGCUUAAGAACUGUCAAUACUACGUCCCGACGUCUCGAGAUCGGUGACCUUCACCCUAAUCUGACCUACACAAUGAGCGUGCGUGCCAUCAACACUCACGGCGUGGGUAAGAUCAGCCCCCAGGUGGAGGCACGGACCCUCCCCAACACCGACCUCCAACCUGCCAACGUGUCCGCAGUCGCCCUGAACAGCUCGAUGAUUCAGCUGGAAUGGGAAGCACCAAGCCACAUAGACCCAAUUUAUAUUCAAGGAUACACAAUCUACUACAAGAGGAUGAAUGACUCACGGUCGGAAAAACUCUUCUUAGCAGGAAACAGAAAUAAACAGUUCCUCGUAGGUUUGGGUCAAGAGGACAACUUUGUGCUGCGGAUUGCGACGGUGUUGACGUGGGGGGAGGAGGCUCCAUCACGGGAAAUUCGCAUCAGGAAGAGUGCGUCAGAACGGGUGCCACCUCCCGCCCCCCGCCGCCUGGUGGCCACGCCCUCUACCAACUCCAUACAGCUGACGUGGCGAGCCCCCGUUAUCCCAGCAGGGAGAACGGACAUGCAGGUCAGAGGUUACAAGGUCAGGUACCAGAUGGGGCUGGUGAGGGGAUUCCCCGAGAGGGAAGUGCGUGUUCCCGACAGACUGUUGACUUACACGUUGGGGAACUUGGCCUCUGGGCAGGUGUACAGGGUGAUGGUCGCGGCCUUCAAUGAGCAGGGAGACAGUCGCUUCAUCUCCGUCACCACCAGGACUGAAGACGCUGGCCCGGGGCCUGUUGUCGGGGCAACGACCACGCCUAUGUCGUCCUCCGAGAUCCUUGUCCAGUGGCUGGCACCAUCACGGGGUCACGUGACACACUACCACGUCAGGUACUGGCGUCCGGGGAAGCGCGACAAGCAAUCGGCUACACUGUACAUACCCAACACACAGUACAUCGCGGGGAGUCUCAGGAAGUUCAGCAAGUACAGGUUCGAGAUCAUACCGUAUAACGACCAGCAGAUCGGAGAGGUCGUCGUUGUCUAUGCAAGCACGAUGAUUGACCGUCCAGACGCCCCUCCCAGGAAGGUCGACAUGACGGCCAUUAACGCUACGGCGUUGCUGGUCAACUGGGAACCUCCACUCAAGGCAAAUCAGAACGGACCAAUCUCCGGCUACAAGCUGGUCCUGAAGAAGAAGGCGGGAAAGAGGAUGGCCAGCUUCAAUGUUGCCGGCGGCAGACGGAACUACACCUUUAAGAAUCUAGAGCCCGGAACGGCCUAUAGAGUGAGGGUUUCAGCGAUGAACAUCAGAGGAACUGGUCCAUCUUCUUCAUGGUCGAUGGAGAGAACAGACAAGAUAGAACAACGCCCACCAGCUAGUCCCGCUGCCAUGGAUACCAAUGUGACAUCAUCACGAAUACACGUCACGUGGAAGCCACCACGUGAUAUUGGUGUUCCAGUACUUGGGUACAUCCUCGGGUAUGGUCGUUACAUUCCGGAGGUCUACCGCCACGUGUUGAGCCCGGGCACACGUAACUUCACGCUGACAAAUUUAGAGCCAGACACUGGAUAUAUCGUGAGCGUCCGAGCAUACAACAACAUCGGAGAGAGCUUGCCCAAAUUCGUCGUAGGGAGGACAGGCAAAGCGGACCCCAAGGAUCUUCCCAUUAAAAUCUCACUGAAGAUGCGAGCCGCCACUCUCUCAGCCAGCCAGAUCCAGAUCACGUGGAACACCGUGACCCCUGACCUCAAGAAGAAGGUGACAAGCGACAUCUACUUCCUGAUCCGGUUCUCGGCCCUGGAGGAGUCGGAGUAUCAGUAUCUGAACACCUCGGGUAUCCCUGUCACCAUCGACAACCUUCACGCCGGCACAAAGUACGAGUUCGCCGUCAAGGCCCUGAGGGGAAGCAAGGAGACGGGCUGGAGCCUACCCGUGUACAACAACACAUUCCAAACAGUCCCAACAUCGCCGUCCAACCUGACAGUGACCUCUGACCCUGUUACCCACACAACCUUGACCUUGACCUGGAUACCUCCGAAAACUGCGGUGAACGGGUUCCUGAUCUACGCAGCCACUGAUCCGAGUCUGAACAUCAGGGACUGGGAUCUGACGGUGUGGCCUGGAUCACGUGACUCGAUGCGCGUGCAGAAAGUGAAGCCACAUACAAAGUAUUACUUCCACAUCCAGUCUCGGAACUCAGCUGGCACCAGCCCCCUGUCGGAGAGAGUCACGUACUCUCCGCCUGAAGAUCCCCGGACCGCUCCUAGUGACAUCAGCCUCCAUCCUCUCUAUGGAAGCAAGUCAACCACCGUGGAAGUCACGUGGUCUCCGCCGGUAGUGCCAUCUGGUCCUAUAGUCAGUUAUGUUGUUCUGUACACGACGGCGGCCGACAACAGUGAGGCAGUUUGGGAGGAAAAGACCGAGGAAUCUCUAUCGUGUCUACUGAUUGGCCUAAACUAUAACGCCACCUACCGGAUAAAGGUCAAGGCCCGUUACUCUGGUGGUGUGCUGGGGCCGGCGUCUCCCGUACUCAGCUACUCAACACUGUCUUACUCCGACAUUGAAAAGCGGCAACUGGGCAGAAUGUCAACAGACACCUCGCCGGUGACAACACCACGGCCAGGGCACGUCGCGCGACGAACGACGUCUACGCCGCAGACAUUGUAUGUUGGAGUCCGUGUCACAGCCACCUGGCAUGAUACCCCUAGACAUCAGGAGAGGGCAACACCAGGUGACAGGCAGCAUCAGGGAACACAACUCGAGCCUAAUGCAACACCACGCCAGACAAAUGGAACAUCAAAACAAAUGGAACAUCAAAACAACUCGAUGGAACACCACGCCAGACAAAUGGAACAUCAAAACAACUCGAUGGAACACCACGCCAGACAAAUGGAACAUCAAAACAACUCGAUGGAACACCACGCCAGACAAAUGGAACAUCAAAACAACUCGAUGGAACACCACGAACAUCAAAACAGACAAAUGGAACAUCAAAACAACUCGAUGGAACACCACGCCAGACAAAUGGCACAUCAAAACAACUCGAUGGAACACCACGCCAGACAAAUGGAACAUCAAAACAACUCGAUGGAACACCACGCCAGACAAACGGAACAUCAGAAAAACUUAAUGGAACAUCACGUCAACCUGACGGAACAUCACAACAACUUAAUGGAACAUCCACAAUUGGGCAGGUACAAGACACUGACGCAUCACACAUCAAGCGCCUGAGGGGCUUCUCUCUACAACAAAGCACCAAGUCUACUCGACAUACGACUGUCUCUCCUCCCAGAGCGACCUCUACUGAACACAGCACCAAGUCUGCACAACACAAUACUGGCUCACCUCAGCACAGAACAACCUCUACUCAACAGAAGCUACCUCCAUCAACUGAACAGUCAGCACAAGUUUAUCCCACUGUAAACAAACAGAUCCCACGCCAGCAGCAGAGCACCCAUCACACUUCAGGUGUGACCACGAAGAGGUCGGUCGUGACAAAACAACUGACUGAACAGCAAACGGUCACAACCUCUUCUGCCUCAGUUGAAAGAUCGACCUCUCAGCGUGGAGUCUCUGCCGAAACGGUCCUGGCCGCCUUUGUAGGACAGCCAGACGGAACGAUUCCGAUAACAUCGAAGAUCAUGAUGAAGAUCACACCGGAUGUUACGCGGCUGGUCACAUCGCAAGUCACACCGUACAGUAUCGACACUGACGAAGCAGCACAAUGAGAAGACGCCACGGGGUGUAGGGGAGGUAACUCUCUUGUACCAGAGUGUCGUCAACUUGUAACGACACUGUGUAUGUCAGUGACCUCCCUGAUGACCUCCACAACUGCGACAGAGGUUGAGAUUCUGGAGUACCACCCUCCAGCGUGCGGGAUAAGUUACAGGAUGUUCUCCACAACAGCAUAAGGGAGAUAACUCCUCACCUUAUGUUUCCAGUCUGUGUACUGGGAUGCCUUAACACAUUUUCCACAGGUCCAGCAAUGUGUAGUUGAUUUGUAGAUACCUCUAUUAUAUACACUGUCUAAUGUGACAAGUAGUUGUACAAGACGUUUUCUGCAGCUCCAGCAUAGUGAAGGGGAGAUAACCCACCUUGCAUUGUGUACAUGCUUUCAUGUGAUGAGUACCUGUACAAGACGUUUUCUGCAGCUCCAGUACAGUGUAGGGGAGAUAACUCAUCUUCCAUUGUAUAUAUUGUCCAAUGUAAUGAGUACUUGUACAAGACAUUUUCAGCAGCUCCUGCACAGUGUAGGGGAGAUAACGUUUCGUGUAAAAAUAGGCAUUAAGUGACUUCAGACGUUAUUCAACCCAUUGUAUACCCCGCUGUCCCCUGUUUCGUCUAAGGGUUUAUGUGCACAAUCAAACCAUUCCCAUGAAUAUACCAUACUGGAUAAAUAUCUGUGUUAACCAUUGUUAUUUACCAUGCUGGCAUAUCUCACAGCACCAACUUAUAUACUUCAUUAUGUUGACAGCAAGGUAUAUACUGUCAUAUCUCACAGCACCAACUUAUAUACAUCAUUAUGUUGACAGCAAGGUAUAUAUUGUCAUAUCUCACAGCACCAACUUAUAUACCUCAUUAUGUUGACAGCAAGGUAUCUAUUGUCAUAUCUCACAGUACCAACUUAUAUACUUCAUUAUGUUGACAGCAAGGUAUCUAUUGUCAUAUCUCACAGCACCAACUUAUAUACUUCAUUAUGUUGACAGCAAGGUAUCUAUUGUCAUAUCUCACAGCACCAACUUAUAUACUUCAUUAUGUUGACAGCAAGGUAUAUAUUGUCAUAUCUCACAGCACCAACUUAUAUACUUCAUUAUGUUGACAGCAAGGUAUCUAUUGUCAUAUCUCACAGCACCAACGUAUAUACUUUAUUAUGUUGACAGCAAGGUAUCUGUUGUCAUAUCUCACAGCACCAACUUAUAUACUUCAUUAUGUUGACAGCAAGGUAACUAUUGUCAUAUCCGAUCUAACUAUGGCUUACACAACGUUAUAAGUUGGUAACGGAAUUUCACUGACGCUGAAAUCAGUCUGUUGUUGUGGCUUAGAUUGACGUGUUUGUCUGUCAGUACAUCUUGACUGGUACUCUACCGUGUGUCUCAUGAUGCACCUACACAAUCAUGCCUGUGUCUGUCAGUACACCACUGACACGUUGAAUGUUUAUCCUCGUCUGUCGAUACGAGUACAGUUUAGGCUUGAAUGUUUAUAGGACGGGACUAGUUAGAAGUCUUACAGCACAGAUAUAUUUUACGAUUACGACACAAAGCGAUGUAUAACAUAACACACAAAGUAAACCGAAGAUACUCGAGAUAUACUGCAUCCGUAAAUACUCGAGAUAUACUGCAUCCGUAAAUACUCGAGAUAUACUGCAUCCGUAAUUACUCGAGAUAUACUGCAUCCGUAAUUACUCGAGAUAUACUGCAUCCGUAAUUACUCGAGAUAUACUGCAUCCGUAAUUACUCGAGAUAUACUGCAUCCGUAAAUACUCGACUCCAUACGUUGUAGAAAAGAAGCCUCGUUUUGACAUUUUGUUACUUCCUGUAUAAAGUAGUGUAGUCUU